AUGCGAUCGAUUCUCGUGAUUCUCCUGGCCGUCGUCGUCGUCGUCGUUCAGACGCAGUUUGUGAGUCACGUUUCGCCGUUUUACAACCAAAAGCACAUUGAAUUGAAAAAAAUAGUGAAAACUCUAGGCCGGCAGCACAACUCGGCGUCCUUCUCCCGGCUGGAUUCGGUCAAAAGUGACGAGGGUUCAGGAGUGGGCCGCGGGUUUCCGUCGAAAGGGUUCCACCUACAGUACCCCGAGGCCUAGUACCGUAACUCCAAAGCGUAGGCGUCUAGUUGACACGUCCACUGUAUCCACUGUAUCGCCACGUUUUUCGGAUAGACUCAGGAAUAGAUUCGGUUUGGCAACAAGUACAGUAGUCCCCAAAAUUAAGGGAAUUCAUGGGUCUUGGUUGGAUAGAAUGAAGUCUAGACUAGGAAUAGUUACUGGUGGUGGUGGUGGUGAUGACGUGGCAGAAGUUACCACUACAACACGCAAGUCUUUGCUGGAAAGAGCUAGAGAGAAGUUGGGUCUCACCACGACAAGUACAGUAACCCAGGGAACUACAGUAUCACUUGAAGUUACCACUACAACCCCUAACUCUUUGGUAGAUAAGGUUACAGUUACGCACUUUGACGGUGCCACAACUACAGUAACCCCUCCUGAACCGCCGGCACCGGGUUUUUUCUCGCGAGCCUUCGACAAACUCAAAUCCGUGCUGAACAUCGGUUCGACAGACCCGAACAAGCCGAAUCUAGUGAUAAAAUACGGGAAAAAGGCCGUCGAAAAGCUGGGGCCUAAAAUUUUGGAGAAAAUUAAAAAGGUCCGUUGAAAACUUUGUUUAUCUCAGCUCUCACAAGAGAUAUCAAAAAGUUGUCAACUAACGAAAUGUACAAAAUUUCCUAAUGAGCAAUUCGUUUGUUGACCACUUUUCGAUAUCUCCACCGGUUGUUGAGAUACACCGUUUUGAAACGUUUGCAGAACUUCCGUGGCUCAUCCAGUUUCUUCUCGACCGAUGAAGAGUUCCCGACUCAAUUGGGCAACUUUGAGGGUCGAACUCAAUCGGAAAUCCAGACGCUUCGCGAAAAAGUGGAGAGAUUGGAGAAAUUAGUGGAGGGGAUGCAGAAUGUUCUGCUGAAAGAGUGGAAUGUCACCGAGAGCGGAUCCAAGUAUCGAUUGUUUGAGGAACGCAAGAAUUGGGAUACUGCGGAGAGACACUGUCAAGGAUUCGGCGCUCAUUUGGCCAUCAUUGAUAAUGAGGCUAAGAAUAAUUUUGUUAAAAGUGAGUUAUUAGGUAGCUAAGUGUUGGCAAGUUGCGAAUACUGCUCAAAAACCAGAGCAUAACUCAAAAACAACAAGUUUUCAGAUAAAGUGAUCAAUUAGAAAGUUACUCAACACAAAAUUUGCAACAACUUUCCAGUUGAUCACUUACUCAAAUAGCUUCUGGUUCUCGAGAUAUAGGCGUUCAAAGAUGCGUGUCGCAAGAAUCGUACUUCCAGACCUGAUAAACGGCAGUGAGACGGCUGACUUUGCGUGGAUCGGCAUGAAGACGAAGACGACGACGCAGAGCUCAACAUUCACAAAUUUCGAUUCGGAGUCGCCGAUAGACGGAUGCGCAGUCAUCGAUUCCAAGGGUGUCUGGUCGAUCCGUUCGUGCGUUCAGCUCCGUCCGUUUAUUUGUCAGCUCGUGAGGACCAGUGUUGAUAUUUGA